UCGACGAGUCGCCCGCUCGGUUCGCCAGUAGUCGCCAGUCUAGCGAAUAUGGUUGAAAACAAUGGCAAUGAUCGUUGAUGUAGCUUUGCGUUCUGCUGCUGUGUCAACUUGUCAACAGAGACGGUAUCUCUGAUCCGGGACGAAUCGCGCGCGACCGCCUGGCGUAGCGUAUAUUAUGGCAACUGCUAUUCAAGAGAAUGGCAUGAAACCAUUAACUAAUAAAUCGUUAAAUCAUGUAGAGGAUGUUAAUAACUUGGACAAUGCAGAGGAAAAGGACAAUAGAUUGUUUGACGGACAACUUCAACCAUACAUGGAUCAUGCUGAAGCUCAUGAAGAACCUCCUGAGCUCGAUAUUGUUAUUAAUAAUGUAGUUUGUAGUUUUAGUGUAAGAUGUCAUCUAAACUUGCGAGAAAUAGCAUUAAAUGGAUCCAAUGUUGAAUACAGAAGAGAAAAUGGGAUGAUAACAAUGAAAUUAAGGAGACCAUACACUACAGCAUCCAUCUGGUCAUCCGGCAAGGUAACUUGCACUGGUGCAACCAGUGAAGUUCAAGCGAAAAUUGCUGCACGUAGAUUUGCUCGUUCCCUUCAAAAACUUGGAUUCAAAGUAAGAUUUAAUAACUAUAGAGUGGUGAACGUAUUAGGUACUUGUUGUAUGCCAUUUGCAAUCAAGAUAACAUCAUUUUCGGUGUAUCACAAAGAGAAUGCAGAUUACGAGCCAGAAUUACAUCCUGGUGUUACAUAUAAGUUAAAGGAACCAAAAGCUACUUUGAAGAUAUUUUCUACAGGAAGUGUCACUGUAACAGCACCCAAUGUUGCUGCAGUUCAAGCGGCAAUUGAACAUAUUUAUCCACUAGUCUAUGAGUUUCGAAAGGAGCGAUCACCAGAGGAUGAACUUGCGUUAACAACGAAAAAGCGCAAGUUAAACUCGAAUAAAAAAAAAUUGGACGAGUUCCUAGAAGACGAACCGGAAUUUUCAUACGAAAGUAUGGUCUCCGAUGCGGAAGAUGCGCUCGACGAAGAUAGUGAUGGAAGUUGGGACUGAUCUGUUUUAUUUUAUCGCCGUACUGUUAACUGUUAUAUAUAUCUCGUUCUUUUGAUAAUAAAUGCAUAUACACUGCUCUAUGUACAAAAGUGUUAUUGCUAAAAGUGAAGUGAAGCAUAAAAUCGUUUUCAAAGUGCAAGAACUGCAAGUGCGUGAGUGUCAAGGACGAAAUAGAUAUGCAUAUAUAUACUUGUGUGUACAGAUAUAUAGAGAAACGUAAUUAUCAAGUACACAUCAAACUGAUCAUUAUCCUAAAGACGAUGCUCUGAAUAUUUACUUUUGUUAGCAAUAUGAAAGUAUAAAUACAGAUAUAAAUAUAUACGUAAUACAUAUAUAAAGUAUUACACAAAUGUAAAUAUGAAUAUGUAUUUAUAUUUGUAUUUGUAUACUUAUAUAAGUCGUAUAUAGAGAUGUAUCUUUAAUAUCUAUACAUGUAUAGAGAUAUGUCUAGAAAACAAUUUUUAAUUAUAAAAUUGAUUAAAUUUUUGGAGUUUAUUUAUAUCAUUAGACAAAAUUCAUAUAUGCUUUUUUAGACAAAUGUGGCUGAUACAGGUUUAAAAAAAGAAAACAAAAAAAAAGUACAUAUAUACACACAUAUGUAUGUACCUAUAAUGUGUCAAUUAUAGCCUGUACACAUUUGUGUUUCCAUUUUUAUUUUAUUAUUUUUCACAUGUAAUUAUAACUAGUUUUGCUUAAUUAAUAUAUUGUGCCAAAGAUAGAUAUUCAAAAUUUAAAACAAAGUGAUUAAGAUGAAAUCUAUAUGGUUGACAACUUUAUCUGUUGUAAUGAUUAGCUUUCCUAGUACUUGUAAUUAAAUAUGUAUCCAUUCUUAUUUUCGUGAUCGACAUAUUUUAUAGAAUGUAUUUUAUUGAUCAAAAAAUCAUCUUAUUUUAUGUUAUGAUUCAAAUAUUACAGUCUACUCCAUGAAAUAUUAUAAUAUGCAUAGAAAAUACAUUAUUUUCUGGUUAUAACAUCGAUUUUUACCAAAGUAAAAAUCCAAAACAACAAAAUUUAAAACUCUUAAUUUUUUACCAAAGUAAGAAAACUACGAAUUAUACUUUUGUAGAAAACUACGAAUCUCUCGAGCGAGUGAGUUUAAUGCCGAAAACUGAAAUGGCCAACUUCAUAAAAUACUGCUCUGUCUCGCUCAUUUUUUCAUUCUUGUUUCACACUGCUGCAGAAUAGCUAAUUCUCAAGAUUUAUGAGACAAUUCCUUGAAAAUAAACAAGUUUAUGUUCGAAUUUCAAAACAACCAUUUUAUAACCAGGGAAUAUUGAUAAUUCUGUGCUACCAACAGCUCGUUUUCGCUCAAAUUCUGUUAUUCAAAAGUGAAACUUGUAUAUUCUAUAGCUUAUUUUAUAUAUACAUAUUACUACAUUUAUAUAAUACUUUUUAAUAUGUUUUAAAUAUACAUAAAUACUUUUUGUUUAUAUUUGCAAAAUUUUUUUUAGACAAAGAAAUUGGAUGGAGAACACAUUUAUAUAAUAUCUAUAUAUUUAUACAAUAUCUAUAUCUUAUCUAUAUAUAGUAUAUUGUAUAGAUACUGUGGGAUAGAGAAGUUAUUUCUCACAUAAGCAUACAUCAUAUAAUAUAAAUACGCAUCAUUCACAUUUAUUAAAAUACUUUAUAAAUUGUAGUGAUGUAAAUUUCCCCUUUCUUCUAUACAAAAUUAUUUUAAUAGCAUAAGAAUAUGGUGAAAAAGUUAAAUCUUAAUAAACAUGAAUCGUUUUUAAGUAAUUACGAAAAAAUAUUUCCAAAUGCGAAUAAAUUUUUGUUUCAAUAUUUGUUAUAUAUAUAUUAUAAUAAGUUUUCGUGUAUUUUUAUAUUUUUUUUAGAAAGAUAAAACAUAUCAUUAUAAACAGUAUCAAUAUAUUUUAUACGAAAUAAGCAAGAAAGUAUCAAUACAUUUUUUGGGCGAAUACGGGCUGUGUUUUGUGGAUAAACAUUAAAUUUUGUUUUAAAUGCCUGUUUAAAAAAAUAUCGAGAGAAUGAGAAGAAAAACGAGUCUUUUUCUGGCUUGCAGUAUUCAUAAAUUCAAAUGAGUGUAUUAUAAUAUUUCUUUUAUUUACAUAAAUUUAGUCUUAAGAAAAUGAAACUAAACUGACAUUAACUUAAAAUUGUGUAAGAAAGAAGCCUUUUUGUAGAAAUUAUGCAGAAGUUUAUGUCAGUGUUAUAUAUUUGCUCCUAAAACUAAAUUUUAAAUCAUAUGAAAUACGAAUAUACUGUGUUCAAUGCGAGAGUUUAUUUUCGACUUAUACCGACAGGAAUUGCAUAUUCUAGAAUUUGCAACAAAGACAUAAUGCAAUAGGAUACAUUAGACUUAGUUAUUGGCUUUUUUUUAUCUGCUUAUGUAUUGACGUCUUGUAAGAGUAUUUAUUUAUCACUUAUAGUUUAUCCUUAUGACGAGAUAAAUGCAUUUGUAUCACAUGUCAUUUUUAUAAUUAUUAGAGUUUUCCGCAAACGUGAAAUAUCUCUUAUAUUAUAAAAUGUUGAAUUAAUUUUGUUCAUUUAUAAAACAUUUAAAGCGAAAAGAAAUAUUUUUACACACAACUUUGCAAACCAACAUUGUAUCUCUAGAAUUCAGUUAUAAACAUGUAUAUUGAAUACAUUGUGCAAAAUAUUACAUAAAUUGAAGAUAUAGUAUAAAGUGUAUCUUUCUCAUAUAUUUCGCAAUAUUAUAUAUACAUACAUACUUGUAAAAAAUUUAAUCUUUUAUUUGCAAUAUGCAAUUAAUUGAAAAAAGCAAUAUACUGAUUCAAAAUAUAUAGAGAAAAAUAUAUAGAGAAAAAUUAUCAAAGAUUUAUGUAAUUUAUUAAUAAUGUGAAAAGUUAAAUGACUAUUAUAUAAGCGUAUCCUUAUCACCUAUUAAGUAUAACAGAAUACAAUAUGAUAUGGCCGAUAUUUUGCAAACUUAUUAGAUCAUGAUUAAUCUGUUCGUGCCAUAACGCCUAUACAUUCGUUAAAAUUAGUUGAAGCAGAGUUUCGUCAUAAUGUUCGUAAUGUAUAUAUUGUUUUUACACUGAACAAAUUUUUUACGAUUUAAGCUAAAGUCACUGCCCAUAGUGUAUUCAAUCCGAAAAUGUAAGACUUGAUCCACUAAUGAGUACGUGACAAAUUAGUAUAUUUUGUUUACAUUAUUGGACACACAAAAUACUGUUUUUUGCGUUAUUAAUUAUAGAAAUUAAAACUUAAGCGAAUAAAAACGUUGGACGAUAAGACGUAUUGUGGAAGUGUAAUGGCAAAAUAAAUUUUAUCAUAUAUUUAA